GCCCGACGCCGCGCAACGCGGAAGUGGACGUCAGCGGCCGUGUGCUGUGUUUCCUGGUCACGGGCUGCGAGAGGGAACGCUUAUUUACAUUUCUGCCAGCGCAGCGCUGCGCAGGUUGACUGUUUUGUUGCGAAAUAAGUGGCCCUCGGUUUCUGGAAAAUGUUCAAGGGCUGGGGGACAUGGCUAGGUCUGGAGCAGCCCACGGACAAAGCAGCUGUUGGUGUGGCUGUGGAAGAAGAAGAAGGAGCGCGAGCCGAAGAAGAGCGAGUAAAUAAACAGAAGACCGUGGAGGGAGAAGGAGAAGCAGGAGAAACGGGGCAAUCAGAAGGGAAAGACAGCGAUCCAGCGCAGCAGCUUCUCGAACAGGCCAAAGGUCUGAGCGGAUACUUGUACAGCUUUGCAAGCACUGCCACGAAGAAGAUCUCGGAGUCGGUGGUGGAGACGGCACAGACCAUCAAGAAGAGCGUUGAAGAGGGGAAGAUUGACGGCAUCAUUGAUAAGACAAUUUUGGGAGAUUUUCAGAAAGAACAGGAAAAGUUUGUACAAGAAAAACAUUCCAAAAGGACAGAUGCAGCUGUGCCACCUUGGGUUGGCUACAGUGAAGAAGAGACAAUUCAGCAACAGAUCUUGGCUUUAUCUGCAGACAGGAGGAACUUCCUGCGGGAUCCACCAGCUGGAGUGCAGUUCCAUUUUGAUUUUGAGCAAAUGUACCCUGUUGCCCUAGUGAUGCUGCAGGAGGAUGAGCUGCUGAACCGCAUGCGCUUUGACCUGGUCCCCAAACAUGUAAAGGAGGACGUCUUCUGGAGGAAUUACUUCUACCGCGUCUCCCUGAUCAAACAGUCAGCUCAGCUUACGGCCCUGGCUGCCCAGCAGCAGGCCGCAGAGAAGGAGGAGAAGGGUACCAGCGUUACCGAUGGCGUUCAUCUCACAGAAAACAUCAGACCAAAAACCCCACCCACAAGCAUCAACAGCCAGUCGAAGUCCAAUGAGCACGAUGACGAGGAGAUAUCCACCAGUCCCGGUGUGUCUGAAUUUGUGAGCGAUGCCUUUGACUCAUGCAACAUCAACCAGGAUGACUUGCGGAAGGGGAUGGAGCAGCUUGUGUUGGACAAAAAAGGGGAGGAAGCUGACCCAGAUGAGGAGGCACCUGACUGGGAAAAAGAGCUGCAGCAGGAGCUCCAGGAGUACGAGGUUGUGACUGAGUCCGAGAACAGAGAUGACAACUGGGACAAGGAAAUUGAGGAGAUGCUCCAGGCGGACACUUAGGCUGGCUGACACUUAGGACUGUGAAAGCAGCCCAACCGCGUAACUCAUGAAGGGAACACCAUAAAGGAGAAGACAAACACAUGCCUGGAGAACUUAUGGACCCCGAAAUAACUAAGGUUCUGAGACAUACAAUUAUCUUGACAGUACGUCCUCAGCUUUUCACGUCCCAAGGCAUAAGAUAUUUGCUGACAUUUAAGUUGGGUGUAUUCUUUUGAAAUGGUGGAAGUUUAUUUCAGCACUGUCUGUGAUAUUAUCUAGAAAACAUGACUAUUUAAAACAUCCAGAAAUUCAGUAAGGUUUAUUCUAAAAUCUAUUCUUUCAGUAGGCAAAUCAGAUAUUGUGGAGGGAGCAGUCUAAAAGUGCCAAUAUGCAAACCGACAAUAAUUCUUAAAUUUUUCUCCUUUUUUUUUUUUGAAAAACUAUUCCAUGACCCAAUUUCGCAAUGCACUGUAAUUUACUGGAAACAUUUUUCGGAAGUACUCAAAUGUGUACACGAAACCUUAUUUUCAAGUUGCUCUCUCUAAAGUGGAGAAGUUAUGCAUUAACCCUUCAGGUUUCUUUCAUGUCAUGUUCAACAACAGUAAAUCUACAUACAUGACGAUUACAUGAACACAGACCAGAGGCAACAAUUGGUAAUCAAGUCUGUUAACACUACAACCAGAAGAAGAUAUUCUUAAUUCAGUAGGGCUUGUAUGGGAACGUUCUGAAAUCUCACAAGAAAACUUGAUAAGAUGUUGUUAAAUUACUGCUUAUAUAUUUUUAGGUAUGCUACUAAAAUUCUUACGUCCACAUUUCGCAUUGACUGGUUUCCCAAGAAACAGAAUUCCUUUGAUACAAGAAUGUUUUAUAGCUUUUUCUCCUUUCAGAAGUAGCUCAAAAGGCUUAAUUCUAAAAAUUUCAGUUCUUCCACAUGGUUUUUGAUUACGGUGUUAAUUUUGUCUUUGUUGGUGAUUGUUGAACUGUGCUCUAUAGAAGCGCAGUAGGGUCAUGUGUACAAGGACUGCUAAGAAUCUUUUAGAAACACCCUUAACCCCUUCAUAUAUUCUUGUAUUUUCAUUAAGAAUUCCCAACACUUAGUUUCAGUAGUUUUGUUCUCAUAAGAAGAUGGGAUAUGUUACUUCAUUGUAUGCUGAUGAGAUAUUACUGCUUGUUUUGUUCUAAUUAGCAUUUACUUUGUCUUUAUUAA